GUGAGUUUGAAACUGCUCGCACUUCUCUUCAAAGCUGGCGCUUCGAAGUUAGGGGAGAGCGCCGCUGACGUGAUAGCCGCCGCCGCUUUCGCCGGGGGAUAAUAAGCCGGGAUCUACCAUACCCACUGAUUAACUAUGGAAGACUAUACCAAAAUAGAGAAAAUUGGAGAAGGUACCUAUGGAGUUGUGUAUAAGGGUAGACACAAAACUACAGGUCAAGUGGUAGCCAUGAAGAAAAUCAGACUAGAAAGUGAAGAGGAAGGAGUUCCUAGUACUGCAAUUCGGGAAAUAUCUCUAUUAAAAGAACUUCGUCAUCCAAAUAUAGUCAGUCUUCAAGAUGUGCUUAUGCAGGAUUCCAGGUUAUAUCUCAUCUUUGAAUUCCUUUCCAUGGAUCUCAAGAAAUACUUGGAUUCUAUCCCUCCUGGUCAGUUCAUGGAUCCUUCACUUGUUAAGAGUUAUUUGUACCAAAUCCUACAAGGGAUUGUGUUUUGUCACUCUAGAAGAGUUCUACACAGAGACUUAAAACCUCAAAAUCUAUUGAUUGAUGAUAAAGGAACAAUUAAACUGGCAGAUUUUGGCCUUGCCAGAGCUUUUGGAAUACCUAUUAGAGUAUAUACACAUGAGGUAGUAACACUCUGGUAUAGAUCUCCAGAAGUAUUGCUGGGGUCAGCUCGCUACUCAACUCCAGUUGACAUUUGGAGUAUAGGUACCAUAUUUGCUGAAUUAGCAACUAAGAAACCACUUUUCCAUGGGGAUUCAGAAAUCGAUCAACUCUUCAGAAUUUUCAGAGCUUUGGGUACUCCCAAUAAUGAAGUGUGGCCAGAAGUGGAAUCUUUACAGGACUAUAAGAAUACAUUUCCCAAAUGGAAACCAGGAAGCUUAGCAUCCCAUGUCAAAAACUUGGAUGAGAAUGGCUUGGAUCUGCUCUCGUUUCUAAAGCUUAAGAAGAAAGAACCUGAAGAAGGCAGGCAAAUGCUAAAGCCAGCGCAGCCCAGAUGCCAAGGAGCACCCAGCUCAGGGUUGUGCAAACCAGCCCUCACAGGCCUGCAAGCCCCUCGUUAGCGCCGAAGCUCCUGAGACCUCUACCUCAAGGCUGAAAGGACCAAGGUGAGAUCGCUUCCAGUCCAGUUCAUUUGCUAUCCCAUUUUAGGCAGCACUGUCUCCUUUUAUCACGUUGCACGUGGCCCUCUUGUGCUGCUUAAUUCCGGCUCCUUGUUCAUACGGAUGACCCAGAUUGGAUCAGUGCAGUAAACCGUGACCCGACCUUUAUAAACAAACGAACAAGUAAACCAUAACCCAGCAGCAGUAAUUGGUCCAGGGGUGGGCAAACGAUCUAAGCAAGGCCCAUGAGGGUCCUUUUUGCUGUAGAAACCUCGAGAGAAUGAAGUCGUCUUUCUGCUGAUAGUGCUAAGCUGGGAUGACAUGGCUGGAAGCCUGAGGCAUCUCCCCCAUUCUGCCGAACUGGCUGAGCCAAGAAAGUGGUGAAUAGAGAAAGAUUCUCAGGAGUUUGAUGUCCCUGGUUCCGGCGGUGCUGCCUUAACAUUUGGAGCUACCCACUAUCCCUUGUAGGGGUAGGAGUUGUGGGUUGUUUAUUCUUUUUUGCUUAAUCUUGUUUGAGUUGGGGUUCUGUCAUUUCAACCCCCAAGAGCCACAGCUGUCAAUACCAAGAUAACACUUGGAUGAAUAAUCCUAAAGGAACCCCGAAUUUUAAGCACCCUCAUAGUUAUAAAUCCUUACAUAAAUAUCUUCCUUUAAAAGCACUUUAUUUCUCAUAAUCAUUGUUUUCAGUGCAGCUUCUAGUAUUGGUUGUGUAGAAUGGUACUGAUAUAGAUGUAUUCCUAUUGACCUUUCAAAGAACCUACAAACUUUUGAGGAAUGCUUACAUACGUGUACCUACUCUUUACCAGUCAGGAGUAAAAAUCUGCAGCAUUUAUUUCUAUGGGCAGUCAUGCCUUUCCUUGAGAUAGGAUUUCAAAACCGUGCUAUACUUUUCUGCUAAGGAAAUAAUGCAAUGACAAAAGCAGAAUGUUUGGGGAGAAUUUGUUUCCUAAUGAGUAUUAGUAGUUUUUUGUAUUUGUAAAGAGCUUUGUAGUAAUUAAGUGGCCUAUGCUAUUUCAAUAGACAGAAGCUUCCUAUACUAUAAAAAUGCCCUUAACUAUAAAACCUCAAGAAUAAUUAUACCAUAAAACAUACUUUAUAAUAUGGACAGAAAAGAUACAUUUCCCAACCGACCAUAGCCAUUUGUCUCGAUGGUUCUGGUAUCAUGACAGACAUAUUUAUGUGCAAGAAAAUACAAAUCUAUUCUUCAUGAACUGCAUUCACUGCUUCAAAGAUCCAAGUGGGAAGCAGAACAUUUGCUCCAUCUUAAAUCUUCUUGCUAGAAUUUGAACAUAGUUUUAGAAAUGCUUUUUGGCUUCUUGUUUGAAUUACUUCUCAUGCAUAGGCACUAAUGGAAAAUGGUUCAGAACAUAGAAAGAUUGCAAUUUCCCCCGUGGGCACAAAACAUUUUAGACCAGUCAACAUCAAUCUGAAGCCACACGGACUGGAUGACAAAUGCAAUGUUAUUUAUAUGUUCAGAGCUCUUAGUUACCCAUGCCAACAGAAGGUUCUAGCGGCUUGGAUAACCUUAAAGAGCCAACAUCUCACCUCCCUACCCCCAGAUUUUGGCACUCUGUGACCCACCCACUUGCAACAAAUCUCAUUUCCAAGUAAGUGAAAUAAAAUUUUAGAAUUGAAUGGGAUCUUGGACAUUGUUCGGUUCAAUCCUUAUUUUCCCAAGGAGGAACCUACAGAUUUCAGCAACAGAGUGAGAAACAGAACCUAGGUUUUCUGACUUCCAAUUUAAAGAGACUUCUACUCUGUUUUAGAUUGCCUCUGACAGUGAAGCUGGGAGUCAAUAAUGGCUUCAAGAAAGAAAUUAUGUAUUUUAAGGAUAAAAUGUGCAGACAGGAGAGAACCCAAGUAAUCAGUGAGGAGAAAAUAGAAGUCAGAUCAGAGAACGUUGCAUAGAUUUUCAGUUGCUAGAAAUUAAAAGUGAAAUAGCCAACAAUGCAAGUAGCACGUGCAAGCCAAGCACAUUGUCAGUGAGAGGUACUGAGCGUGUUCUUUGCAAGAGCAAUAGCGAUUUUCAUUCUCUACUUCCCUUCAGAGGGUAAUGGGGGGUUUAACUCAGAUGUUACAGGUAUUUGUAAAUAGUCACAUUCUAAAAAAAAAACUGAAAAAAGAAACUGUCCAACUGCAAUUUAAGUAUGUAUCAUGUAAUAAACAUUGUGAUGUUAAUAUUACAUAUUCAUAUGGUCUCUGGCACUGGAAUAGCUGGCGUAUGUAUAAUAAAGGAAAAGGCAAAGAACUCAGCUUUAUCUCUUUUAUCCCUUUUCAAGAGAAAUACCUCAUGUGUUACCAUGUUUGGAAUAUUUCCUAGCAUGGCUGAAAAAGCAAGGAAUAAACAGCAAUCAUUCAGUGUGCCUGAUGACACAAAAUAAGGCAGUUGUUCACAAACAGAAAACUGGACUUUUGAGCAGAUGUUUAUUUAAAUACAAACAUCAACUCCUACUUUUCCUGUUAUCUCCAAUUAUGUGAUGCAAUAUUUUUACCAGAAGAAGCUCUUUUUAAAAACAGCCUUCCAGGGAGUGAAUAAACAAUACUAUAUUUGGCUAACAGCUGCUUUUGGAAAAUGAGAUGUCAGCAAAGCUGAAUGUUGUUUAAAGAAAACUAAUUAUCCAGCUACCUUUGACUUGGAUCAGAGUAAAUAAAGCACUUCCCUAUUUGCACUGAAAUGUUUUGUCUAGGAAUUAAAUAUUAGGUAUUAGUCAGAUAUUUCACUUCUUCCAUCAUUUGCCAUGUGGAGCAAAUUACAUUUAAGAAGUAUCCCUCUGUUUGAUUUUGCUGCCCAAACCACUUCAGGUCAUCUGGUGCUGCAGAGCCGCUGCUGCUCUGCUGCUUCACCAUCCACUAGUUCUUCUGUUUAGUGUAAAGCGGUGUGUUUAUGGACACAUUGAAACACAGGUGACCUAGUGACACACAGUAUGGUGGCAUUUGUGUGGAUUUAAUUAUGCAAAUGUCAGUAUAAGUGUAUGUGUCAGAUCACGUAUAGAAUCUGAAAUAAUGGAAAUACCACCAGUGUUUGAAAGUUCGUUUGAAGUUUGGCAAGCCAAGAGGACCGUAAAACUGGUGUAUGCCAUUGCCGACUGGCACUUUGACAGAGAAAACAUACCUGCAGCCUUUGUCAGCAUUGUGUCAGCCAGGCUGUGGCUUCCCUGAAUUAGAGCUCCUGCAGGUGCCUGUGAUGAUAAAUCUCCUUACUUUUUUUUUGGCCACACCACUGGGCACAUGGGAUCCCAGUUCCCCGACCAGGGAUCGAACCCGCGCCCCCUGCCUUGGAAGCGCAGAGUCUUAACCACUGGACCGCCAGGAAAGUCCUGACUCUCCUUAUUUUCACAUCGACUGUUUUAUAAUUUGAAAUAUUUUUACCUUCUGAGGCAAUCUCACCUGAGUGCUCAUUAAAUGGGGGUGACAAUGCUAGGGCUGAAAAACAGGCUGAAAAUUUGGCAUUUUGGAAUGAACUUCAGAUUGGCUUUAAUGUCAUGAAGGCCAAACAAACAGUUCCCGUGGCACAUUUUAGAGUGAGGACCCUGUAAAAUGUUAGUGAUAAUCUUGAGAAAAUAAAAAGCAGCACGAAAGCAAAAAUGUACAAUAGUUGUGGAUUUUGAGGAAGCAUCUCCCAUUAACUUCUGUGGAAAAAUCAGUAUUGAGUUAUGCACAUUCUUCAAGGAUAUAUCCUCUGUCUAAAAUCUGGUAUAUGAUUUUCAUAUAAACUAUUGUUAGGAAACAAUUCUGGGACAAGCACGGGUUUAAUGAUUCUGUAAAUGUUCGUUCUUCCAAUGAGUAUUUAUUGAAAACGUUUUAUGAGCCAAAUAACUAGGUCGUGAGGACAGUGUUCAACUCGUCUUGUCUUCAUGGACUUUACAACCCCUUGCUGGGAACACAGAUUAUGAGCAAGUAAAUAAAUGUAAUGGGAUGUUCCUGCCUCUUCUGACCAGUAAGGUAGCUGUCAGAGUAGUUAUCAGAAUUCCAUACCUGAUAUGCAGACUUACAAGGAAAUGGCUCUAAGAACCUGUCCCACAAGUCUUGGGCCCAGGAUAAAGGUACAGCCUUUCCAGGGCCCGGGGCAAAGUGAAAGUAUUAAAUUCCAGACGGCAACAACAGAGCGUUAAACCAGGCCCGAGGCCCUUCCAAGUGUGGAGGCCCCUGUGACUGCACAGGUCACAUGCCUGUGAAGCUGGCCCUGCUUAGAUCCUUUAGCCAAAAAAACAAAACAAAACAAAGUGAAAAAGCUUAGAGUAGAGAAGAGAGAUUUGGGGGAUGGUGAUCUUUGGAGAGCUGGGCUAUGCUUGGGAAUGCUACCGUCUAACUAACCCAAGUCUAGUGGCCGGGACGGUUCACAGGGACCCUUGAAGAGCUCUGACAACGUAUUUCCUGCCAUGGUGAGACACAGAACCAGUGCCCGCCGGAGGGGCCUGAGAAGCUAACACUGAAGACUUACCGGGAGCGUAGCUCCUACCCACGAUAUCUGCAGGACAGUCAGGAGGGUGCCGCUGGGAUGGGACCAAACCGCAUGGCUAGAGCUCGUGGGGUCGAGGGUUGUUUGCCUAAUUGGAUUGCGUCCAAGGGGAGAGAGCUGGAAGGGGUUUCUCGGGCCAGUCUGCAUUCACCAAAUGGCAUCAAGCUCUGCCUCCAACCAGCUAAUGGAGUCUCUUCCUGCCAUUUAGAACAGCCACUCAGACUCACACUCCUCCAGGCCCCUUUGUAAAGUCAAGGUAACUAUCAAUAGCAAUAUACAGUGGCCCCGUGUACCCAUGACCCAGUGUCAUUAUUAUUACAUGUGAAACCCACAGCAUAAUCUCUUUCUGUCCACAUCUCCCUUUCUUUUUCAAAAAGAUGUAUUUCCUUACACUUUUUCAACUUUUCUUUAUACUUUUACAACAUAUCUAUCUUCCUCAUCAUCAUCAUAUUGCAUGCUUUUAUGCCUUACAUAAAUAUUAAAGAUUCUGACAUUUAUUUAUUUUGUUUGGCUUUGUGAGAUUCAUCCAUGUUGAUAAAUGUAGCUAUAGUUCAUUUGCUUUUACUACAGCAUUCCAUUGUAUGACUCUACUAUAAUUUAUUCAUCUCUUCUAUUAAUAGACACUUGUUUCUCCUGUUUUGGUGUUAUGAACAGCGCUGCUAUAAGUUUUAUUAUAUAUGUCUCCAUCUGCUAGUGUGCAAGGGCUUUUUUUGUAGGGGUUACAGACCCAUUCCGUGUCCUUCCCCUGCUCUGUUCUGUAUCUCAGGGACCUGACCCCCAUAGGUUGCAUUUCCCAGAUUCCCGUGUCCCCUGGCUUGCUUCGGGGCUUAGCCAAUGGGAGGCGCUGGCGGGAGAGAGAAGUCAGUGCAUAUCUGCCUCUUGGUCAGAUGAUGUCGCUUCUGCACCUCCGGCUCCCAUCCCACAGGUCCACCCUGGUUCUAGCUUCUGCCCAGAGACCCCAACUAACUCCUGGUCUUCUGUAGCCUCAGUCUUUUGUCUCAAUAGACUGAGAUGGGAGUGAGUUCCUGAAAUGGCUGGUCCCUGGUUGCCUCACUGUUUGCUGUUUGACUUCCCAGCUCUUUCAAUCCACAGGUCACCAAUUCCUUUUAUUAAAUUCCUUCUGUUUCAAGACCUGGAAUGGAUUUUCUUUUCCAGUUACAUCCUAAUAUAUAGGUUGUGCAUAUCUUCAACUCCAAAUUGCUCUCCAAAGUGGGUACACCUACUAACGCUUCUAGCAACAGUGUAUGU